AUGAGCAGUUUGUUGCAUUUUCUCUUUAUAUUGGCAUUAUGCAUUUUGAGCCUGGAAGGAAAAUUGAAAAAAGCCUCGCCUCCGCACUGUACCCAAGUAACUAAAGAUACAGACUAUGUUUCCCGCUUUAAAAUGGAUUAUCCUGUCGUUUACAUCGUGCAAGGGCAACGGGAGGCGUAUCAACAAAUGUUUUGCCUAAACCCAGCCGAGGUGAACAAGGCCGUGACCAUAGUAUGCGACUGGGCCGCCCCGCCGCAAGUGCAGUUCACACUGGGCGACGAAUACAUGCACGUGGUUCGGCAGGACCCCACCGGCCGCUAUCUCGGCAACGCGGUGAUAACGACAUACCAGCUGUGCAGCCACAACAUCCAUGUUAGAAACCAUAAUAGAACCACCGUGCCCACCGUAACAGCAGUGGAC